ACUCACUCAAGCUUCUCUUCUUCCUCGUUUAUUGUCAGCUAUGGAGUUCUGGGGAGUCGAAGUUCUAGCAGGGAAGGCACUUAAAGUGAAUCCUGGAGAAGGCAAUCUUGUCCACAUCUCUCAUGCAUCUCUUGGGGAUUUGAAAGGGAAUAAAGGAGAAGCUGUGACUUUGAAUGUGAAAGUUGAAAACAAGAAGUUUGUCAUGGGAACUCUUGUCUCUCUGAGCAUUCCUCAGACUAACUUUGAUAUCUUGUUCGAUCAAGAGUUUGAGCUUUCUCACAACUUGGGCAAAGGAAGUGUCCACUUUGUUGGAUUCAAAUGUCCCAACAACAAUGAUGAUGAGGGAGAAGAGUUUUCUGAUUCAGAGGAAGAAGAGGAAGUGGAAGUUCCUGCUAACGCUGCGGCACCAAAGCCUGUGAUUGCACAAGCAGAUGAUUCUGAUUCUGAAGACGGUUCUGAUGAAGAUGAAGAGGAAGACGAGGAGACUCCUAAGGCUGAAACAAGGAUGAAGAGAGCACAUGAGCCUGCACCCAAGACACCUGUUUCUGCAAAGAAGGCUAAAGUAGAAGCUACUCCCAAGAAAACAGAGGAGAAGAAGAAAGGUGUAAAGACACCAGCAACUGCAACGCAGAGCCCAAAGUCUGCAAGCCAAGUCGCAUGUGGUUCAUGCAAGAAGACAUUCAACUCAGCAAACGCACUUGAGUCUCACACCAAGGCCAAGCACUCUGCUACCGCCAAGUGAAGUGGUUUCUUAAAAGAGUAACAAGUUUCGCUGUUUUGGAUCUUGUUAGGAAACUUAUGUUUAUCUUUUUGAAAUUUGGGAUGUAGCCUUGAUGAAACCUUUUCAGUAUUCUAUUUUAGUUCCAAGGUUUUGGCCGCUUUUACAUUUCAACAUAUUGAUAGUAUGCGGAAAUCGAAAU